AUCCAAUGCUACUUACCAUACCGACCCCUGUUGAUCCCGACUCGAAUUCACUUUGAGCAUCAAAUCUGUCCUCACGAUGAUCAAGUCUGCACGAAAGGGUUUGAGACUGUCGUGCAUUUCACGUAACUCUUGGCUCGGGAUAUCCACAUAACACCACCACUGCAAAUUGAUCUCCAGCCGGUCGACCCCCAAGCUCAUUCCCAUAUACUUCCUGAGCACCAUGGCACCCAAGAAAGCAACCCUGACCUCCAAAGCCCUCCAAGCUCUACUCACACGCAUCGGCUCAGCAUCGUCAGGAACCAAAAGCGCGCUCCUCCGGCGAUUUCAGCGCGACCUCCCCAGAGUCUACGGCUUCUGUCCGCAAUCCGCAGAGAUCGCACCACAGCUGGAAUCACGGAGCCGCAAGGUACGGGUCAUCAGCAUCGACAUGGGCAUCAAGAACCUAGCAUUCUGCGACGCCGAGAUAGCAUACCCAUCCCCCGUGCCCAAGUCAAAGCAAAGCCUCGACGCCACCAUGCAAGUCAUGCGCUGGAAGAAACUCGACCUCGUAGAAGUUACAUCGCGAGACAGCAGACAAGACCCCGAAGCUGCCGAGGAAGACAUCAGCCAAUUCUCGCCCUCGGUCCUCUCGAAGACCGCUUACAAGCUCAUCACGGAAGAAGUCCUGAACGUGAAUCCAGAUGUGAUCCUCAUCGAGAAACAGCGCUGGCGCUCGGGUGGCGGCAGCGCGGUCCAGCAGUGGACUGUGCGCGUCAACACGCUCGAGGCCAUGCUGUGGGCUGUGCUGGAGACGGUGAAGCGGACGCAGCAAUUCCGAUCUGGAAGCACCGAGGCGCUCGCGACAAAGACGUUCGAGGUGCGCGCCGUGGAUCCCAAGCGCGUGGGCCAGUACUGGCUGGGGCGGCACACCCAAGCGCUCUCGGAACGGGAGCAGGGCGCGGAUCAUGCUCUCGCGGAACGUGCAGAAGCCCCCGACGCCGUCGAUGAUGCCACGGACACGAGUGCGAAGAAACCCAGCCGCAGCAAAGCAGAGAAGAGCGCAAAGAUCGCCGUGCUCCGCUCCUGGCUGGCGCAGGAUGCAAUGUCCACCGCGCCCUCUACGCCAACUCGCACGCCGCACAUCACGUUCCGCAUCGACGCGGGCGCAGAAGCAACGCGGCAGGCGCUGCUGCGCAUCGCCAAGGCACCGCGGAGGAAGAAGGCGUUGAAAGCCGCAAAGAGUCGCGGUGAGGAUGGAGGGGUGGUGGAAGAAGGUCCGGCAGCGGAGAUGAAGAAGCUAGACGAUGUUGCCGACUGCUUCCUCCAGGCUGCGGCGUGGGUCGCGUGGGAGUCGAAUCGGAUGCAGCUGCUCGCUGCGGUGGACGGCGACACGACAGUCUCUUCAGCUGCGGUGGACGAGGCCGCGAUAGCGAAGAUGAUCGAGGACGUCGGCAGUGCGUAGAUUCAUCCGAGACCUUGGACGAGGAAGCGUCUGCAAGCCUUGACGACGUGAGAGUGAGGCAAUACUACAUUACGUCGACCACAUGCAAUCGUCGUAUCGAGACUGAUGUGCACAUUACGUCCACUAUUAGACAUCAGAUAUCAGACAUCAGACAUUACCCAGUUCCCUCGCCAACAGUUCCCUCGCUACCAGUUCC